CAUAAAAAAAAAACGUAGACCAUAUUUGUCGAACAAGCAAGAGUUGAAAACAAAAUACUCACUUUGCAGAUCGCCAACUUCCUUCCCACGCUUAGCUAGAGGAGGAAUCUAUACUUAAGUCUUCUUCUACAUCUCUGAUUUGUAACCAACGAUUCUGCUUCGAGAAGUGAGAUCAAUUCUGAAGAACCAGACAACAUCCUUCAGGAUCAUCAUCCCUUCCCUUGAGCCUGAUACAUUUUUUUGGUCUGCUUCUCAGAUGGGAGACACUUCAUUUCUCGAUAGAAUGCUUCUCCAGCUUCGUUCCACUUGCAGGUACUACAGUGGUUACCCUAAGGAUCUAGGGCCAUCGCGGGUUAUCCAUUUCACAUCAGAAAGAGAGUUUGUCCAGCUCCUUCACCAAGGCUAUCCUGUCGUUGUCGCAUUCACCAUUAGAAGUAACUACACACAACAUCUUGACCGGAUGCUUGAGGAAGCUGCUGCUGAGUUCUAUCCCAACAUCAAGUUUAUGCGCGUUGAGUGCCCCAAGUAUCCUGGAUUCUGCAUAACUCGCCAGAAAAGCGAAUAUCCCUUCAUUGAAAUAUUCCAUAGCCCACAACAAGCGGGGAAUGAAGGAAAGGUACAGGAUCCAAAUAUCACCCGCUAUUCUGUGAAAGUCGUACCUUACAAUUAUGAUAUGAGCCCUUAUGGGUUCAGAGAGUUCUUCAAGCGCCAGGGAGUUCGUACUUCGGAUCCUAAAUGAACAACUUGAAGGUUUGGUGCGUAUUCAAAAACCUUUUGAGUGUAUCAAUGGCUUCUAUUAGCUACCAAUGAUUUGUUUUUUUAAGAACUAUUGUAAUACUAUACUUCACUUCCCUCUUCCUCCAAAAUAAAUAAACUUUUGUGA